AUCAAAUCUAGUUUAAAGUAACAGUUAAAGUAGUGGAAUAUCGGAAUAGUUAAACCUGUUGUUGAAACAGUUUCUGAUCUCAAUACCUGGUGUUGAAAACAUAGCAUCAUCAGACCUACAACGUUCUCAGAUUAACCCAUUGGAACUCAUAUCGAUCUAUGUUUACAGAGAAUUAUAGAAUACCUAUAAACUUAUAUAGAAGAACUAUAAACUUGACUAGAUUCAAUAGCCUUUACACAAUGUAAAUGUCUAACAUCUCAAGAAGCAUCCUCACAAACAUUUGUAGUUAUACAAAUCCAUAUAAAACUCAGCAUCACCAUUCAAAUUAGAUUAACUUCUUUGAUUGAAUAUUUUCAGUGAGGUCUAACAAAGCUUUUUGUAAGGUAUGUAAAUAAAAUAAUCGUUUUUAAAGAGACGUUGUCAUAGUAGCUCCCAUCCUAUACAUAUUUUGUGGUGCAUCUGGGCUUUGCCAGUGGAAACAAUUGUGUCACGUAACAAGCAAGCUUUACCAGACAUAGAGAGAACUUGCACAACUUUAGAAGUAAUGUGCCUGAAGGCUUGACAAUGACUGGGAGAAUUGUGACAGCAUUGGAAGACUUCAUAGCAUUACACAGUGCCUCUACGUUUUCAAUUGAACAUUGACUACUUAUUUACACUCUGACUUUGCUGAUAGCUACUUUAUUGAGGAAAAUUUUACUUACUAGGACUGUGAUAUGUGAAGAAAGAACUCUCCGGGAAAAAGAAAGGUGGAGGUGUAUGUUUCAUGAUUCACUACUCAUGGUGUGAUUGUGGUAACGUGCAGUAGAGGAACUCAAGUCCAUUUGUUCUCCCAAUCUGGAAUACAUCACCAUCAAAUGCUAAUGCUGACUGCAUUACCUUUUGAGAUAAUUUCUUCGGUCAUCGUCACGGCAUGUAUAUUACCCCCAAGCCGACACUGUGACGGCUCACAAGGAACUACACUGGACUUUGUGCAAACUGGAAACCGCAUAUCUUGAGGCUACAUUUACUGUAACGACAAGACAGCCUACGGGGAAGAGGUUAAGACCAUGGUGGAGUGGUGCCAGACAAAUAACACCUCCUUCAAUGUCAACAAAACGAAGGAGCUGAUCGUGGACUUCAGGAGACAGCAGAGGGAGCACACUCCCAUCCACAUCAACAGGACCCGUAGUGGAGAUGGUGAAAAGCUUCAUGUUCCUCGGCAUGCACAUCACUGACAAUCUGAAAUGGUCCAUUCUUACAGACAGUGUGGUGAAGAAGGCGCAACACCGCCUUUUCAACCUCAGGAGGCUGAAGAAAUUCAGCUUGGCCCCUAAGACUAUUACAAACUUCUACAGAUGCACCAUUGAGAGCAUCCUGCUGGACUGUAUCACCGCCUGGUACAGUAAUUUCACCAUCCUAUACCGCAGAGCUCUCAAGAGGGUGGUGCGGUCAGCCGAACGCAUUACUGGGGGCACACUGCUGUGUCACAGGAAGGCCAAGAAGAUCAUCAAGGACCUCAGCCAUGACCUGUUCAUCCCGAGACAGUACAGGUGCAUUAAAGCCGGGACCAAGAAAAUUAAAAACAAUUUCUAUCUCCAAGCCAUCAGACUGUUAAAUAGUCACCAUUAGCCGGCAUCUGCCCAGUACUCUGCCUUGGACCUUAGUCACUGUUAAUAGCCAGCUACCACCUGGUACUCUACCCCACACCUUAGAGACUGCUGCGCUAAUGUACAUAGACAUUAAACAAUGGUCACUUUAAUAAUGUCUGCAUACUAUUUUACCCACUUCAUAUGUAUAUACUGUACAGCGCCUUCAGAAAGUAUUCAUACCCCUAACAUUUUGUUGUUACAGUCUGAAUUCAAAAUUGAUGAAAUAUAUUUUCUUUCUCACCCAUCUACACACAAUACCCCAUAAUGACAAAAUUAAAACAUGUUUUUAGAAAUUUUUACACAUUUAUUUAAAAUAAAAUGAAGAAAUAUACUAUUUACACAAGUAUUCACACCCCUGAGUGUGAAUCACCUUUGACAACGAUUACAGCUGUGAGUCUUUCUGGGUAAGUCUCUAAGAGCUUUGCACACCUGGAUUGUACAAUAUUUGCACAUUAUUAUUUUUUCAAUUCUUUAAGCUCUUGGUUGUUGAUCAUUGCUAGACCGCCAUUUUCAAGUCCCUUCCAUGCGAGGCAUUGGAAAACCUCCCUGGUCUUCGUGGUUGAAUCUGUGUUUGAAAUUCACUGCUCGACUAAGGGACCUUACAGAUAAUUGUAUGUGUGGGGUACAGAGAUGACAUAGUCAUAAAAAAUUAUGUUAAACACUUAUUGCACACAGAGUGAGUCUAUACAUCUUCUGAUUUAACUUGUUAUUAUGCUAAUCUUUACCCCUGAACUUAUUUAGACAAAGGGGUUGAACACUUAUUGACAUAAGACAUUUCAGCUUAAAAUGUUUUCUGAAUUUGUAAAAAUGUCUAAAAACAUAAUUCCACUUUGACAUUAUGGGGUAUUGUGUGCAGGACAGUGACACAAAAUCUCAAUUUAAUUCAUUUUAAAUUCAGGCUGUAACGCAACAAAUUCUGAAAAAAGUCAAGGGGUGUGAAUACUUUCUGAAGUACAUGAUUAACACAUUACAUUAUUGAUCAACACAGAAAAUGUGUAUUUUUCUACUAGCACUAGCACUAGAAAUGACAACAACUACUUUAUUGACUGAAAAAGUACUUUCUACAACUGUGAUAUGUGGUUGUCUCAUCCAGCUAUCUUAAAACCUAUUUGGGAUAGGGGGCAGCAUUUUCACUUUUGGAUGAAUAGCGUGCCCAGAGUGAACUGCCUCCUACUCUGUCCCAGAUGCGAAUAUACAGUAUGCAUAUUAUUAUUAGUAUUGGAUAGAAAACACUCUGAAGUUUCUAACACUGUUUGAAUGAUGUCUGUGAGUAUAACAGAACUCAUAUGGCAGGCAAAAACCUGAGAACCAGGAAGUGGGAAAUCUGAGGUUUGUAGUUUUUAACUCAGCCCCCAUUGAAGAUACAGGGUGAUAUUAGUUAUAUUGCACUUCCAAAGGCUUACACUAGAUGUCAACAGUAUUUAGAACCUGUUUUGAGGAUUCUACUCUGAAGGAGGGGCUCACAAGGGCUAUUUGAGUGAGUGGUCCGGCAGAGUGCCACAGCCUCGGUCUGGCACGCUCGUGUGAAAGGUAGCUACGUUCCACUUCAUUUGUACAGAUAAAGGAACAUUAAUGAAGUUUUAUGUUAAAAACUUCCUAAAGAUUGAUUCCAUACUUAGUUUGGCAUGUUUCUACGGGCUGUAACGGAACUUUUUUAACUUUUCGUCCGACGUUCGGCGCGACCUGAAUGCGCUUUUGGAUUUGUUUAUCAAACGCCCUAAAAAAAGAAGAUAUUUGGACAUAACUGAUAGACAUUAUCAAACAAAUCAAACAUUUAUGGUGGAACUGGGAUUCCUGGGAGUGCAUUCUGAUGAAGAUAAUCAAAGGUAAGUGAAUAUUUAAAAUGCUAUUUCUGAGAAAUAUUGACUACCCAAUAUGGGUAUCUUUUUGGCUGCUUUGUUGUCUAAAGGCUGUACUCUGAUUAUUGCAUGGUUUGCUUUCUGAUACAGCGGUUGCAUUAAGGAGAAGUUUAUCUAAAGUUCUGUGUAUAAUAGUCGUAUCUUUAUCAAUGUUAAUUAUGAGUAUUUCUGUAAAUUGAUGUGGCUCUCUGCACAAUCACCGAAUGUUUUAGAACUACUGAACGUAACGCGCCAAUGUAAACUCAGAUUUUUUAAAUAUGAACUUUAUCAAACAAAACAUACAUGUAUUGUGUAACAUUAAGUCCUAUGAGUGUUAUCUGAUGAAGAUCAUCAAAGGUUAGUGAUUCAUUUUAUCUCUAUUUCUGCUUUUUGUGACUCCUUUAUUUGGCUGGAAAAAUUGCUGUUUUUCUGUGAGUUGGUGGUGACCUAACAUAAUCGUUUGUGGUGCUUUCGCUGUAAAUCCUGUUUGCAUUCAGACACUGUGGCUGGAUUAACAAAAAAUGUAUCUUUAAAAUGGUGUAAAAUACUUGUAUGUGUGACAGGUUAAAGGAAAUAUUCAUAGCCUGUUAUACAUUAAAAAGUAUUUGUAAGUUCAUUGUAUGUGAGGAUCUUAAAACAUCUCAGGUUAAAAAGAUCAUGCAUUCAGUAUUAGUUGAUAGAGAUUGAAAACAUUCAUAUUUGUGUUAAAGUUCAAAUCCGUCAAGCGUACAAAGGGUACGAAUUGUGAGAGUAAUAUGUAAACAUUAUAUUGAUUACUUUAUUUUGUGGUGCCUAAAAGUGUUAAUCUGUGAUCUACGAAAUGCUCUUAAUCUAUGAGCCUGAGAUCGAUUGCUCUGGUCUCCACCCAUAUUCCUGGGGAAAUCGCGGUCACUCUCAUGAUUAUUUCUCCCCUGUUUUCAGGAUUCACCUAAGAGAUGCAUCAACCAGCCCUGGUCACGGUUGCUGUUCUGCUCUUCUCUCUCACCACUGUCUAUGGGGGGAACGUGCUGGUCUUCCCAUUGGAAGGAAGCCACUGGGUGAAUAUGAAAGUCCUCAUCGAAGAGCUGCACUCCAGAGGCCAUAGCAUCACAGUGAUUCGUCCAACCACCAACUGGUACAUCAAGGAGAAAUCCCCUCACUACUCGUGCAUUACCAUCCCAGUAUCUGGUGGUGGAAUUGUUGAGGAGGUCUUUAGUUUGUUUGUGACCAGAAAAUUGCAGAUCCAAAGGGAGGGUGGAAGUUUCUGGUCUCGUAUGAGUCUGGAGCUUGAGGUGGCGAAGCAGAUCUAUGAGUUACACAAGGAUUUGGUUGUAAUGAUGACUACGAUAUUCGAAGAUGCCGAACUAAUGCAAUUGCUUCACGAUGCAAACUAUGACCUGGUUUUGACGGAUCCUGCCAUUGGUGGGGGAGUGUUUCUGGCUCACCGCAUUGGUCUUCCUCUUGUCUUCAAUGUCCGAUGGACAGUCCUGGGCGAGGGUCACUUUACCAUCGCCCCCUCGCCUCUCUCAUAUGUCCCAUUGCCAGGAGCACUGUUGACAGACAAAAUGACUUUUCAAGAGAGAGUCAUAAAUGUUCUGUUUUAUCUUUUUACAAGGUUUCAAUUUGCAUACGUCAUAGACCCUAACUACAUUCCGUUCGUCCAUCGUUACUUUGGCCCUGACGUUCACUACAUGUCAUUGUUCCAGGCAGCAGACAUAUGGCUCAUGAGGAAUGACUUUACCUUUGAGUUUCCGCGGCCUACCAUGCCAAACGUGGUCUAUAUGGGCGGUUUCCAGUGCAAGCCCUCGAAGCCGCUUCCCCAGGACAUGGAGGACUUUGUCCAGAAGUCCGGGGACCAUGGGGUCAUCAUGAUGUCCCUGGGGACCUUGGUGGGACAACUUCCUGAGGACAUCGCUGAGGACAUCGCAGCUGCUUUCGCCAAACUGCCUCAGAGGAUUGUCUGGAGGCACACUGGGAAGAGGCCCACCUCUGUGGGCAACAACACCUUACUAGUGGAUUGGCUCCCCCAGAACGACCUCCUUGGACAUCCCAAGACCCGAGCCUUUGUUGCCCACGGCGGAACCAAUGGAGUCCAGGAGGCCAUCUACCAUGGUGUCCCUAUUAUUGGCCUCCCGUUGGUCUUCGACCAGCAUGAUAACCUCAAUAGGAUGAGGGCUAAGGGAGUGGCUAAGAUAGUGGACAUCGCCACCGUAGACAGAGACAUCUUCCUGGAGGCAGUGAAGGCUGUUCUCUAUGAGCCGAACUACAGGGAGAACAUGCAGAGGCUAUCCAGGCUGCACAGGGACCAGCCCAUGAAACCACUGGACCGCGCCAUGUUCUGGAUUGAGUUUGUCAUGAGGAACAAAGGAGCGGCACAUCUGAGGACAGAGUCUUAUAAGAUGUCCUGGUUCACCUACCACUCUGUUGACGUCAUAGCCACACUACUGGCCAUUGUGUUGCUCAUAAUGCUGGUUAGCACUUUAGCUGUAAGGUUUUUGUGGCAUAAGGUGUUUUGUAGGAGGAAAGUGAAACAUGAAUGAUAUCGAUGUAUUAAUGAAUAUUAAUAUAUUAUCAAAUUAUCAUUAAUAAAAUAUUAAAAAUAUUAUUUGAUGGUAUCCUUCCUAACAUCAAUAAGAAUGUCACACUCCUUAAUGUGGGUAUUUGAAACAAUACAGUUGGUUACUUUUGGUAAUAUA